GUUUGUCAUAUUUAUGCGGCAGCGCCGUGAUACGCCUGAAGCACAGCAACUUCCAUUGUAGCAGAGUCGGCACGCUCAGCACGGGACAUCGUUGAACCAUGGAUGCCGGUGUACCGCCACCAAUGUGGGACGAGCAUGAGGCCUACAAGGAACUCCUCUACUGGGACAGCCUUAUACAGCAUGGCCAUCGACUCCUUCCACAUGACUUUGACAGAUAUGAAGAUCUGCGUUACUGGUAUGACUGCCUAUGCUAUGAGGAGGAGCUUAGGCAGUUCCAUAACUACAUCGCUGCCAUUGAAGAGUUUGAGGAGGCACAGCAUCAUGAGGUCCCUGCAAUGCGCCCUGCGCCCUUGCGGCCAUACGACCGCCACAUAAUGGCCAAACAUACUGCGGUGUACCCCUCUGCAGAAGAACUGGAGGUGAUACAAACUGUUAUCUCCCAUGUGGAGUGUGCUCUCAAGGCUGUCUCUGACAAGCUGGAUGAGCAGAAGGGGACUAUGGAAAAGGACACUCAAGAAAAUCCAGAGGAAAAGAGUGGUGAAAAGUCACAGCGUCCCCUGCUUGGAGUCAUGAGGGUAGGGCUGGUUGCCAAAGGGCUGCUGUUGAAGGGGGACACGGACCUGGAAUUGGUACUACUUUGCGCCAACAAGCCCACUGUCACUCUGCUCAGUCAAGUGGCUGAAAUGCUCGCUAGUCAAUUAAAGGAUGUUACAGAGGAUAAAUAUGAAAUAAUCCAAAAGCCAGAGGAUGCAGCCAUUGUUGUAACAAGCACCAAAGAGUUUGUGAUGACACUCACCAUCCACCUGACAUCACCUGUGGUCAGGGUGGACACAAAGGGUGAAACUAAUGAACAAGAAGAAACGCGAACAGUCAACGAUCCGCCGGAUGUUCUGGACAGGCAGAAAUGCCUAACUGCCUUGGCGUCUCUCCGCCACGCAAAGUGGUUCCAGGCCAAACUCAACGACCUGAAAUCUGCAGUCAUUGUGAUCAGGAUCAUGAGGGACUUGUGUAACCGUGUUCCUGCCUGGGCUCCACUGUUAGAAUGGCCUCUUGAACUGCUAGUUGAAAAGGCCCUUGGGACAUCUGACAGGCCAAUGGAAGCCGGUGAGGCAUUUCGCAGAGUUUUAGAGUGUGUUGCUUCUGGAAUCCUUUUGAAAGAUGGCCCGGGAAUUAAAGAUCCAUGUGAGAAAGAGAUGGUUGACGCCAUUGUCCAUCUUGAACCACAGCAAUGUGAAGACAUCACACGUAGUGCUCAGCAUGCCUUGAGGCUGGCUGCAUUUGGACAGAUCCACAAGGUGCUUGGGAUGGACAUGCUGCCAGCUAAACCAAACAGAGCAUUAAAACCUAAAGAUUUCACAGCUCAGAUGGCUUCCUCUGGGAAUGUUAUGCUGCCAGCUAAGAGACCUUACACGGAAGUGGAUGAAGCGCGAGAUGACAACCCACUCAACAGCAAGCAGAGGAAGUUUCUUAAGUUCCAGAAGCAUCAGCGUUUACAGAAGAAGUCAUUUGUAGAUGACUUGUGUAUGAAUGCCGUGAUGCGACUUAACCAGUACAAACCCGGUGUGGAUUAUAGACUUAUAUCUCAGACGGGUCCAGUCCAUGAGCCAGUUUUCACAAUGGCUGUAGAUUUAAUUGGGAAGACCUAUGAAGCCACUGGGCCCUCUAAACGAGCCGCCAAGCUUAAUGUAGCAACCAAGGUCCUGCAGGAACUUGGGCUUCCUACAGGUUCAGAAUCUAAAACAGAAUCCAUUGGUGGGGGCAGUGGAAAUCAGGCAUCACGCAGCAGCACAACAGCAGACUCUACUGCACUAGAAGAAAUUGUCCAGGGUCCUCUCUUGACCAAGAAUGGGAAGAAUCCUGUUAUGGAACUGAAUGAGAAGCGCCGUAGCCUGAAGUAUGAGCUCUCCUCAGAAACAGGCGGCUCCCAUGAAAAGUGCUUCAUCAUGGAGGUGGACGUUGACGGCCAAAAGUUCAAGGGGCGGGGCUCCAAUAAAAAGGAGGCAAAGGCCUAUGCUGCCCUUGCUGCCCUAGAGAAGCUGUUCCCAGACGACUCUACUGGGUCGACAAUCAGCCGAGAUAAUCCGAAGAAGAAGGUCACCUACACUGACAUGCACAUCCCAGGAUUUGGGACUAUCCGUGGUAUUCCCUCAGACCCUGGCUCUCGCAACUGGGGUCAUGGCAGGGGUCGUGGAAGGGGCCGAGGCAAGCCGUUCUCUGGAGUAAACAGCUAUAACAAAACCAACUACAACUAUGGGAGCAGUGCUGGCACUGGCUAUCACAAGCUCUAUGGAAAUAAUUCAACCACCCCUGCUACUCCAUCCAAGAGUGGUGGCUCCAUUGCGGGGUCCAGCAGUUAUGGCACUUACUACCCCGAAGGUUACACCUACUCUUCCCCUGCAGUCCCAGCCACAGUCACCCCUACGUCUGCUGAUAAGGCAGCUGAGAGCUACCACUCAAUGCACCCAUCCACUGAUAAGCAAAGCCCGUACAGCUACGGUUAUGGAGAGGAGAAGAGGAAGAUGCUAACCCAAGGGAAUCAGGCAGGGGGCCACGGUGAGGCCCAGGGUCGGGCAAACUACUCCAUGUAUAGCACUGCCUAUCCCAGCUCUGUGACAGGAGGACAAAUGUAUAAUCAGGGUUGGGGGAACCAGGCAGCCUGGGGGAACCAGCAGGGCUAUGGCAUGUAUGAGGGCUAUGGAAAACAAGACCAGACUGCCUACCCGGGAUACGGAAACUACUAGUAAAUGUUACCUAAUGUACAGCCUUUGUCAUCUGACCAUGUCACUUUUACAUCCAGACCCACUUCCCAAAUCCCCAGUCGCUUGACCUACGCCCCGAGAAUGGCCAUCUUUGCUAAUCUACUUUUUAAAGGAGGAAAAAGCCGUUUUUACUUACCUAAAAAAGAAAAAAAAAGGUGUUGUGCUGGCAUUGUUGUUAAACAUAUUUCAUAGAAAAGACAAGCUAGUUGUUUUUUUUUUAUUUACCAACUGUGGAACAUGUUCUGCUUCUUUUCUUUAAUGAAUGUGCUAAUCAUAAGGCUGUCUUGGGUCAUAGUCUUGUGUUUUAACGGUCCCUCCCUGUUCCUAAAGUUGAUGUGAAAGUUUUUUUUUUAUAUGUAUAAGUUUGUUAGUUUUAUUAAAGUUCUACUCUGUACUAUCAGUAUGUUGUUGUGAGACUUUUAAGAUCCCCAUAAGUCUGAAACAAGUUCAUUUCUCAGAUCGUUAAUUGCUCUAAAUCUUUUCUUUAUUAAAAAGAUAAAAGGAAAAAAAGAAGAAUAAAUUUAGU